AUGGAGGACCAGGAUAUCCGCCAGCAGAAGCUUGACUAUCAGCGAACACUUUUGAUGAAGAAGCAGCAAAAAAGAAGAGCCAAUGCUCAGAUGAUGACAGCAAAUCCUGAUAUUCAGCCAAAGAGCCGCAGGCAGAAGCCCGCUGCUGAAGACAUGGCUUUGCUACUCAGUCAAUCUCUAAGCAGCACCUCCUUAAAUAACGCUCAGCUGGAACAGGCUCAUGAUAACAUGCUUGAGGAGAUCAGUCUAGGUGAAAUGAACAUCUCACCUCAGAUCUCACUGAUAUCAGAAGAGAUAUUUCCACCUGUCCCAUCCAUAAUCAAGACUCAGCUGAACACGGAUAACCAAGCAAGCCCUAUACACAUACCACAUAUACAGAAUCAAGCAGGGGGGAUGAAAAUAAAGGAAAAAAGUGUUAAGAAGUCUCAAGAAAAAUUACUUGGACCUCAUGAUGUAGGGGAUGAAAACGAACCAGUAGAUAAGAAAAUAGUGAAGAAAAAGAAAAAGAAGAAUGACUCUAAAGAGAAAGUCAAGAAAACAAAGGAAGUGCAAACAACUCAGGUUGAUUCAGUGGUAGAGGUCAACAUCACCGUGGAAAAUGAACCUAAAGAAGAAAGUGAGGAUGAAAAGAAAGACUGGUCAAAGAGCCCCAUUCCUUCUACUCCAAAGAAAAAACAACAUUUGCCUGCUUCAAGGUGUGAUCUAAGUGACAGUGAGGAUGACAGUGAGGUUGAGGAGGACAAGGCAGACGAGAAUAUUAUAAAACCUCAAAAAAGAACCAAAAGAGGAAUAAAGAACAAUUACAGUCUUGCUUCACUAAACACUAACUAUAGGCAGUCCCUGUCAGAAGGUGAAGCCACAGACAUGGAAAAAGCUUCUCCAAUCUCUAUAGAAGAUCGAGAACAGUUUGCUCUUCGCCCUGCUCCAAGGAAUGUCACAAUUCAGUGUAGAAUCACCAGGGACAGGAGAGGGAUGGAAAAAGGAAUCUAUCCUGCAUAUUAUCUUCACAUGGAAAAGGAGGAUGGGAAGAGAAUCUUCCUCAUGGCUGGCAGAAAAAGGAAGAAGAGCACAACUUCAAAUUAUCUGAUCUCCGUUGAUCCUACUAAUUUAUCCAGAGACACAAGUAGCUAUAUAGGCAAACUAAGGUCCAAUGUUUUGGGGACUAAAUUCACAGUGUACAAUAAUGGAGUGAAUCCAGAAAGGAAACUAUUCAUAAAAGAAACUGAGUUACUUCGACAAGAGCUUGCAGCAAUAUGUUACCAGAAAAAUGUGCUGGGUUUUAAAGGUCCCAGAAAAAUGACAGUGAUCAUUCCUGGCAUGUAUGAGGAUGAUGAAAGAGUCAUUAUUUGUCCAAAGAGUGAACUUGAAUCUCUGCUCACUCGCUAUGAAAAUGGAAACAAAGAUAAUUUAGUCUGCCUUCUGAAUAAAUCGCCCAAGUGGAAUGAGCAGACCCAGUCUUAUGUACUGAACUUCCAUGGACGAGUUACACAGGCAUCUGUGAAAAACUUUCAAAUUGUUCAUCCUGACAAUGAGGACUACAUUGUAAUGCAGUUUGGGAAAGUGGCAGAAGAUGUGUUCUCCAUGGACUACAGCUUUCCCAUGUGUGCACUACAAGCUUUUGCCAUCACUCUGUCCUCUUUUGAUGGCAAACUGGCUUGUGAAUAAACUACAUUUUAUAUUACAUAUUACAUUAUA